AUGACCGACACGGCCCAGGCGGCGCCGCCGCAUAAUGUCUUCGACACCGUCCUCGUCUUGGAUAUGGGAUCCCAGACCAGUCAUCUCAUCCUCAGAAGGCUUCGGUCUCUCGGGGUGUACUCCGAGAUGCUACCUUGCACCCAGGUGCUCAAGGAACUUGCUUGGAAGCCGGUCGGCAUCAUCCUCAGCGGCGGGCCGUCGAGCGUGAAUUCCCCCGACGCCCCGACCGUGGAUCCUGCCGUGUUCGAGCUUGGCGUCCCCGUGCUGGGCGUCUGCUUCGGCAACCAACUGAUUGCCUGGCGUUCGGAUCGGACCAGUGUCGCACCCGGCCUGAAGCGCGAGUACGGUGAAACCUCAAUGGCCAUCCGAAGGAUCGGUGGCCACGCCGAUCGGCUCUUCGACGGACUGGGAGACACCUUGAACGUCGUCAUGAGUCAUUUCGACAAGGUCGUUCACCUGCCCGACGGCUUCGAGACCAUCGCCACCACCGCCAACAGCGAGUUUGCCGGCAUUGCCCACAAGUCCGAGCCCAUCUUCGGUAUCCAGUUCCACCCUGAGAUCUCGCACACCGAACGGGGUACCGACAUUCUCGCCAACUUCGCUCUCAAGAUCUGCGGCGCCCGCGCCGACUGGAAAAUGGACAACUUCUUGGAGGGCGAGAAGGCUCGCAUUCGGAAGCUCGUUGGCGAAAGGGCCCAGGUCAUCGGAGCCGUCUCCGGCGGCGUCGACAGCACCGUGGCCGCGAAGCUGCUGAACGAAGUUAUUGGAAAGCGAUUCCACGCCAUUCUCGUCGACACCGGUCUGAUGCGUCUGAACGAAUGCGACCAAGUCAAGCAGACGCUGGAAAAGCGCCUAGGCAUCGUCCUCACCGUCGUGGAUGGAUCCCAACUUUUCUUCGAUCGCCUUCGAGGCGUCACGGAGCCUGAAGCCAAGCGGAAGAUUAUUGGCGAGACAUUCAUUGACCUCUUCGAGAAUGAGGCACUCCGCAUCGAGGCAGAAGCAGAGCACACACCCCAUGCUGGCAAGGUUGAAUGGUUCCUUCAGGGGACGCUAUAUGCCGAUAUUGUGGAAAGCUUGAGCUUCAAGGGAGCCGCUAGUUCUACGAUCAAGUCUCAUCACAAUGCGGGAGGGCUUCCUGCUCGUAUGCAGAAUGGCGAAGCACAGCUGAAGCUGCUUGAGCCGCUGCGAGAGCUGUUCAAGGACGAAGUUCGGGCGUUCGGUCGGCAAUUGAACAUCCACCAGGAGCUUAUCGGUAGACACCCUUUUCCCGGGCCUGGCCUCGGUAUCAGAAUUAUCGGCGAAGUUACUCGCGAGCGAGUCGAAAUUGUGCGCCAGGCAGAUGACAUCUUUAUUUCCAUGAUCCGCGAGGCCGGGAUCUAUGAUGAGGUCACCCAAGCCUAUGCUGCGCUUGACUCGAGCAAAGCCGUCGGUGUACAGGGAGAUGCUCGGGUUUACGGCUACAUCUGCAUUCUGCGAGCCGUGACUAGCGUAGAUAUGAUGAGUGCCGAGCCAUACGAAUUCACGUGGAGCUUCCUCCGGGCUGUCAGCAGGAGGAUUGUCAACGAAGUAGACGGCAUUGCGAGGGUCGUGUACGACACGACAUCGAAGCCUCCAGGUGAGCAUCCUCUCUACCCCCAUUCUCUCUACGCACUACGAUGCCAACAAAGUCAAUAG